AUGGAUCCCGACUCGGAAACCCCCAACUCGGGGUCUCCAUUGUCAGAUAUUGACUCUGACGACUUUCCUGAAGAUGUCAAAUUCAACAAUCGGUCGCGCUCGCAUUCAAGAGGCUCUACGGUGUCUGCAUCAGACGAUGAUCUGGCAUCUCCCUUGAGCACCACGGCGCGAGCACUCGACAUGCCUCCAGCUAAACGCCGCAAGACGGGCGCAUCUAGCUACGACCAUGCCACUCCUCAAUCUGGUUCUACCGUCGUGAUUCCACGAUCUCGAUCUCGAUCUCCCACAGGAUCGAUAUCGAGCGACAGUUCAGGCUCUGUUCCAACUUCACCGUCCUUUGCCCAUCUCGGUCCCACUCACCCUCUGUCGACCGCGUACGCCGCCGCCCAGGCCAAUCCUGACAAUCCCGAAUUGGCAGACUAUGUUCAAGUGACAAAAUGCCUCUGGGAUGGCUGCACAGACCAGGAGCAAGGCAAUAUGGACAACCUUGUCGCCCACAUCAAUGACAUACAUAUUGUUCCCCGCCAAAAGAAAUACUACUGCGAGUGGGAUGGAUGUCCUCGCAAGGGCCAACCUCAUACCAGUGCCUACGCGUUGAAAGCACAUAUGAGAAGCCACACCAAGGAGAAGCCAUUUAUGUGCUCUUUGCCCGAAUGUGACCGCAGUUUCACGCGAUCCGACGCUCUAGCUAAGCACAUGCGUACCGUCCAUGAAACUGAGGCGUUGCGACCGAGCGAUCCAGUGCCCAGAGGCCAUACGGGAGGCAUUUCCAACGGAGGGCCCACUGGCAACACGGUCAAGAGAAUAAAGUUGACAAUGGGCGGCAAGACCAACGGGGAUAAGAAAGGUACCCUGGUAGGAGAUCUUCCUGCGUUACCCACCAGAUACAGUGUAGCCUUGAUGGGAAUCAAUCCUGACGACGUUGAAAUGGCGGACGCCGAUGGUUCAGAGGAACUCGCCGAUGCUGUCGAUGUCGACAGUGUCCCACUCACUCUACCUCUUCCUCCAGACUACUGGCCAACGGAGAUCUGGGAGGACAUGGACGAGUACGAGCGCAGUCUGCCUCCUUCGCAAUAUUUCCGCCUGCUGCGCCGCCAGAUCCACUGGGCGGAAGAGGAAGGCAGCGAGCUGCAACGAGAGCUCGAGGAGCUACGGUCAACUGUGGAAGACGCGCAAGGCAAUCUGGUCAAGCGAGGAUCGGGAGACGAGAAAGGAGCGGACGAGAACCGUCGGGCGGAGUGGCAGCGGGUGGACGAGUUAUUGGAUGCAGUCUUGCGAGCGGAAUGCGCACAGGUCAUGGAGAUGCUCAGCGGUGAGAAACCGGAUGUUGUGGACCAGAAACCGUGGGAGUUGUUGAGGGCGCUGGUCACGGAGCUGCCGACGUCGGUGGACUAG